CAGGAAACUAAACUGGAGCUGGCCGGGUAGAAGGAUACGUCCAGCGAUUGGUCCAUGUAAGCCAUGAACUCCACUUCAUCGUCUCUGGGACUCCUGUCGGGGUACAAUUCCUCCAGCUCAGAUGAAGAGGAAGGCGCUGAGAGUAGCUCAGGGCCUGCUCCAUCCAAAACGAACUUCUUUGCAGAUGCAGCCUCCAGCAGUGACGAUGAAGAGGACGGUAAAAAAGAAUCCGAGAAACCCACCGCACCUCUUCCUUCUCCCUCGCUCUCUACUCGCCUCCCCGCACCACGACUUGGUGCUCAGAGUAAAGUAAGCACCAGUGGGGUGUUUGCAAACCCCUUCCGGGAUGAGGAACGGGCCCAGCUGAGUAUCCUGGAACGUCACGUCAAGCUGAGUGACAGCAACUGGGCAAAGGGUGGGAGAGGAGUCUGUCUGGCUUACCAGAGGGACGGACGGUGCCGCUACGGAACAAAAUGCAAAUACAGUCACAAAACUGACUUACCACCGGGGGCUACAAUGGCGAGCCAUGGAGAACUUUCUGGCAGCGGAGGUGAUGCUCUGGAGAUAGUCAAAGACAACUCCAAACUGGGGGAGUUACAAAGUGGAGAGGAAGGGGGAGUAAAGAUGCAAGCUGAGAGGGGCAAGAGGAAAAAGCCAGGACUUAGUAACACUCUCAUCCCUCCAAAGAAAGCCAUGAAGAAUUACCAAAAGCAAUUGUCAUCUGAAAGACCCUGGGCUUUGUAAAUGUUUUUUGUAACAGCCUCGAAUACCUAGUUAGGGUUU